AUGUCUUUCGGAUGGUCGGCCGGCGACCUUGUGAGCGCCAUCCAGCUCCUAGGGAAAGUGGCGGCUUCACUGAAGGAGAUUGACGGCUCACGGGAACAUUACCAGCAGGAUAGUGCAUAUCUUUUGUCCCUGGCCAAUUCUCUUCAAUAUCUGAAAGAUCAUGAUUCGGCCCUACCAUCAGCAUCACAGGGGCUUGAUACUCUCAAAAGUUCCAUAGAACACUUUGGAAACCGACUCAACGCUAGGUUUGGAGAUAGUUUGGGCAAAAAUAAGAAGCACAAACGUCGUUUUUUUGAGAGACUUAGGAGUGCCCCCAGAAGUGUCCAAUAUGGGUUGUUUGUCUCAGACGAGGUUGACGAACUUCGUCGCAGAGUUGAUAUUCCAUUGAAGAACCUCAUCAUCGGCAUCGGUAUCGACAAUAACAACCUCAUCAAUCAAAGCAAUCAGAAUGGACUUCAAACACGUCUUCUUGUCAAUGAUCUAGCGGUUUCAGUAUCUACUCUCUCAGUAAAUGCAUCGGAGUCAUACCAGCAAAAGAUGCCAACGAUGACGAACUGGCUGAAACCACUGCUGCUUGAAGAUAUUCAUAGCCGGCUUCUUGCCGAGCUAGUUCAUGGCUCAUGUAAAUGGCUUUUCGACAGAGAUGAAUUCAUUGGCUGGAAGUCUGCCGGUAUGAUCCACGACAGAUAUCCAAUGCUGUGGGUCAUGGGCAAAGCAGGUGCCGGAAAGACACAUUUAGCAGCCCGGGCGAUUGAAGAAUUGAAGUCCGUCAGACCACUCGCCUAUUUCUACUGCGAUGCAAAGGAUGAAAGCCGUCGGUCGGUUCUCGGCAUCCUAAGCAACUGGAAUUGGCAGCUACUUCAACAAGACCCAUCCUUGUUGGAUGAUGUGAUUCUGAUUAAGAAAAAAAGGGAAUUGGCGAGCCAAGCUGUUCUCGAAGAUAUCUUGGUUACUAUAGUUCAAAAGGUGUCGGAUGCAGUUCUUGUCAUUGACGGAUUUGACGAGUGCGAAGCUCAAGAGCAAGUCAAGCUUUACUCUGUCCUAGCUCGCCUUUCCAAGAAUGCCCGGAUCCUGGUAUUUCGAAGGAAUGUCUUCAAUCUUCCAAGUAGACUUCUGGUUCCAGCCCAAUGCGUUAUCUCUUACGAGAUUUCAGAGGGCGACAACAUAGCUGAUAUUAACCAAUACAUCAAAGAGAGGGUGACACACUUGGAGAUUGAUGCUGAUGAUAUCAGAGAGGAUAUUAAAGCAGCCUUAAGAUCGGGGGCUAAGGGCAUGUUUCUAUGGGUAGCACUGAUGGUUGAAGAGUUACGAAAGCCGCUGUUCAGCGACAGUGAUUAUCUUAAGACACUGAGGUAUCUACCAGAAGACCUCAAUUUGCUGUACAUUCGAAUCCUGCGAGGUCUCCCUUCUCGCCCCCAGGAGAGUCGAAUAUCCAAGGGUCUGCUACAGUUGAUAACCUGUGCGCAGAGACCACUGUCUUUACACGAGAUUAGUGCCGCCAUGAUGGCGAGUCUUGCGGGAGACAAGCUCGAGCCAUCCAUCACUUCGGAGGAGGGACUUCGAACUAUCAUCUCUCAUUACUGUGGGCCUUUGGUCAUGAUUCACAAAGGGUUGCAAUCAUGUCCCACUGCAACCCUCGUUCAUUCAUCCCUGAAGGAAUUUUUGCUCGAAUCACAAGCAGAAGAUAUACCAGUCCCUUUACGAAUCGAUGCGGAACAUUCCCACAUGGCCCUCGCCCAAAUCUGUUUAACCUAUCUUUCUUACGAUAACAUUGAAGUUGCUCCAUUCGUUCCACUUGAUGAAAGAAUAGCAGAUUCGUACGGGUCGAUAUCCCUCGACAAUAGAAUGACCAGGAGUAGAAGUGGGAUGAGGGCCAAUAUGGACGGUCGAUUCGCAGCUUUCAUUCGGAGAUACUCAUUGUUGGAAUACUCGUCUCUUCAUUGGUGUUUUCAUCUUAAACGCUCGUUGCGUACAAGCGAGACUUACGAGAUUCUCCUCCGUCUGUGCCAGUCUAAAAACAAGACUAUCAGAUGGCUCCAGGUAGCACACUAUCUUUGGCGCCGUCAUAGCUUGUCAAAAGUUAACAGCGGUGUUGGAAUUUUGGAGAGUUUAGAGAGUUUGGAAGAGAUUGCCGCAGUCAAAGAAACAUUACUCGCAGGAGAAACAGGCUUCUCGAGUUGGUUGAGAUGUUUUCAUCGGUAUGACCAAAACAAAUUGAAUUCUAAUCUCACAAAGAGGCAUAAAUUUUUCUUCAAUGAAUUUACAAAUGACUUCUUGCCCGAGAUUCAUGUCGCAGCUCUAUUUGACUUUCCUGAAUGGGUGGAGGAAUACCUUCUCGAUGGCGUGGAUGUCGAUCAGAAAUCCCACAUGAAGCAGACGCCUCUCAUCCUUGCGAGUGCCGGUGACUCAUUCAACAGCAUGAGAAUUUUGUUACGUCAUGGGGCAGAUAUCAAUGCAACAGACUUUUUUGACAAAACUGCAUUGGACUGGAUAGCUCAGGUUGAGGACUGGUCCACACUCUAUCGAGUUCCAUACACUGCUGGCCAGAUCUUGCUCAACGCUGGCGCAAGGAUAUCCCGGGAUUCGAGUAGCAACAUUCUAGCUCGGGUCUGCUGUAAUUCAUCUACCAAGGACCCGUUCCUUAUUCCGUUCGUCUCGUCACUUCUAGCGAAUGGUGCAGACGCUGUGAUUGAGAAUUACUACCGCGAGCUCCCCGCUAUUCAUUGGGCUGCCAUAUCUGGCAAUGCAGCACUUGUCAAACUCCUCCUUGAACAUGGAUCCCGGCCCGACCUAAUACCGUGGGGUAGCCGAGGCAAAGAGACACCACUACUGCACAUAUGUAGUAUGCCAUAUGUUGUUCUGGAAGUUGUUGAGGUACUUCUCGGGGCGGGGGCUUCUGUAUCCGCGCGACGUUCUGAUGGUCGUUCAGCUUUACAUCUAGCAUCCAAUCAUCCCCUCCAACUAGCAUAUAUGCUACUCCGGGCCGGAGCAGAUGUCAAUGCAAGAUCUAUGGAUGGAUGUACCCCAUUAAAUGAUGCAGACAUUGCCGAAAAUGUGGAGGUGGUCGAGUUACUACUCAAACAUAAAGUCAUGCUAGAUGCAGAAAACAACGACUCUUUGACUCCACUUGCGCUUGCCAAUACGAAUCGGGGGUUUGGCGCCGCUCAAAUGCUCCAAGCUGCGUAUGAUCAAACCGGAGCACCUGAAUUUGUUAAUACUACAGACAGUUCGGCGUGGAUGGUGAUAUCUCUGUGUGGAGCAUCAUUGCUUGCAUUGUGUAACUAA